AUGAAAUUUUACGACCUCUCACCUUUUGCAAAAUAAUAUUUCCACACACUCACUGAUGUUCACGCACAACUCUUUUCCAAGAUUUAUGAUUCAGUUUCAGCGCCUGUCAAGGCAUUUUAGAGUUAUUGCUUUACGGCCUGUCAGCUGAAAUUGGAAAACUUCCUACUAAUCUCUUACUUGUGUGCGAAAGAGCCAGGCUCCCCGACGUUACUUUGAAAGUCAAAAAAAAAAUCCGUCCAUAGUUUCCAGCACCGCAGUCAAGUUCGAUGAAGCACGUUGUAUUCCCAGUGUACCAUUUAGUGUAUUCCUAAACGUGCAUGUCGUCACGGUUCUAGCACCAUGGGUACGUGCGUAUAUUUGCUGCACCUCCCCAAAGGUAGGUACACCUGGAAACCUUUCCGCCCAGGGCGUCACGUGCUCUAUUUCAGACAGUUAGGUGGUAGAGCCCGGCGUUUGGAGGCCUGAGCAUGCAAACCCCAUCGCAUAAAUUUUCCGCUUUUACAAUGGCCAAACGGUUCCCGGGUGCUUGUUUUGCUGAGAUUUGCACAAUUCAACGAGGAAAUAUUACCUCUGCCAAUGUGUUUUAUUACCGAAGAGAAUCGUCGGCUGGAGUCUCCAGCCGACACACACACCUUUCCCAAGAAUGAAUGAUUGAACCGGUUUUCGAUGCUUCCCAUUCUGGUUCUAGUCUAACGCAAUGUCGUUUUUCCGUUCUGUUUUUUUUUUCUGAUCCAUCCUACAGGAAAUCACGCAAUCGGAACGGUACGCAAAUUCCCGACGCUUCCGCUGAAUCCGAACGGGGUGUGGAUCGAUCCCGGAGGCGGCGUUUGGCGGCAGGCGUCCGAAAUCACCAAGGAAGCCAUUACGGACUAUGCAGCCGUGUCGAGUGCUCCCACGCUGCCGCUGCCCGACUACGAAAGGUUGUCUCCCCUGAACAUGCCCGACUACGCCGAGGUGGCCGGUUGCUCAUCCUUCAAAAACGACCUCGGUGGAUCACCCUCCUACGAUAACUACGGUGCGUAUGCUUCCACCACCCUGGUCGGUCGCUCAACUGGCAAUCACGUCGCCGGCAUUGGCACCAGUUCCAACGGGACGCCGUCAGUGCCAUCCGGUGCACCGAUGUUCGCCCAGAAUCAAUUCGAUGGGAAAAAUGUCUACUCGGCCCCGACGAGCUGCCAUUACAAUAAUUUCAUAAAUCAACAUCAACUGCGCCAUCAGCAACAAUUGCAUCAACCGCCCAACGGGUCCAUCGGAGCUGCUGGGGUGGAACCGAAGCGGCCCGGGGGCUCGUACGGGGGCAGCAUGAAGAGCCAGAAGAUGAACAUCAUCGAAAACCGGAUGGCCGACAUGAUGAACAACCUGGGCCACAGCCAGACCUCGGUGGCAUCGGCCUCGCCUGGCCUUCCCGGGUCACCAUAUGGCGGCUCCAGCGUGAGUAAUCUCAACGCAAACAGCAGCAGUAAUCUACUUCCGGCGUCGUCCUCCGGGGCCAGUGUAAGCGUUCCACAUACGCCCCUCUUCGGCACCAUCAAGCGAACGACAAAAUACAACAAAAUAGGCUACAAUAAGGAUAAUAAACUCAAUUUCGGCGAUAAUGGACGUUCAACCGAGCAGCCAUUGUUCAUCAAGUCCAAGUACGACGGAACGUGGUCCUCGGUUCCCAGCACGGCGGCCUCGUCAGCAAACAACAUAAAUAUGAUUAAUAAUUCGCCAUAUCACCAGCAGCUACAACAUCAUCAUCAAUCGCACAGCCAGUUGCCGUCGUCGUCGUUAUCCUUGUUGGGUCAUCAUCAUCAGCCGUCGACGACGACGACGACGACAUCGCAUCAGUUUGCCGGCAAAGGUCCCGGAAGCUCCAACAUUUUGGAUCCCUUGCCGAACGACGACGGUUGCGGUGCUAGUAGCGCUUCAGCUAAUAAUUUAGAUAAUCAGCAAAUACAGAAUAAUAAUCCCAGCGGCAGCAACGGAAGCAGCAGCAGUUCCAAUGGCAGCGGCAGCAGCAACAAUGGUAGUAAUAGUGGAAGCCACAAUGGAACCGGUAGUAGCUCACAGAAUUAUUUAACCAGCUUUGGCAAAACGGAUAAUGUGUAAAUUUCAUGGGUGCGCGUAGGGGGCGGGGGUGGAUAGAGGAGAGACCGGCUGGAAGAUGGGUUUCCUGUGAACUGGUUGAGACACAGUUCCGUCACGAUGAUCUUUGUUGGGCUCUUCUUCUGUGAUGGGUGUUGUUGAAUCGUAGCAGAGAGGUUAUACGUUCUCGGUAUGGAUUCGAAUGAUUUUCAAUUAUUUUUAUCGCUCUUAAUUGCACCAAAACUUGAAAAUCUGUAAAAUGUUUGUUAUGUCAACGUACAGCAAACAAUUUAGACGAUCUGAUUAACGUCAUUCCUUGACUUCAGAGAACCAUAGAUGGACAACAUUCAGACAAUUAUUUGCAAGCGGAAAACAUCGGUUAGCUCCAGAAACUAAUAUGGGGCAUCCAUUUAGUACGUCACGCAAAAGUUGGGAACUUUAGACCCCCCUCCCCCCUUCGUACGGGGUUUUCGUAUACCUAAUACAUUGGACUUCGCUUAGAUCAUCAAAUUUUCCUAGGAACAGUUUCGAGAGACCUUUUUAUUGACACAUAAUAAAAUAUGGGUUUAAGUAGUGCACAGAGCUUCUACAUAGAUAAAAUAUGUGAUUACAGUUUAUCUACAGCUCAAUGAACUCAAGACUUGACUUCAACUAGGUCAUCCCGGGUACUCAGGAAUCUAGUUGAGGAACUUACUUUCUUCUGUUCGAACCGCUGUUUUCAGCGUGCAAAUAACUCUCAUUGUAGUCAACCAACGAUUCUCUGAAGUCAAGACAUGACUUCAAUCAGAUCAUCCAAAUUGUUUGCAGUACGUAGACAUAACAAACAUUUUACAGAUUUUCAAGUAUUGGUGCAAUUAAGAACGAUAAAAUAAUUGAAAAUCAUCCGUGAUGAUUAUAUCGAGAAAUCAUAUUUUGUUAGGACGGAUUCGGACAAUCCAUCGAGAGAUUCAGAAAAUAUAAACAGUAUUACAAGGGCUACAGAUGUUCUAAAGAUGUAUCCGAUGACCUAUGAGGUCAAUAUGUGAAUCAUAUCUCGAGUUUAAUGUCAUUUGAAAACAACAAUCGUCAAUGUAGACUUCGAUGGUUCAAGAAUGUUUAAUAUCCCAAGAACUCAAAGGAAAACUAUCAAAGAAUCCCAGAGUCGAACCUGUAGCAACGUCAACUAUCAUUAGGAAAUGUAUUACAAAAAUUCCUUCAAAAGAUCAUCUGGUAAAUUCUUCAAGAGUUCCUUAUAGAAUUUCCCCAAAUUUUCUCCAGGAAUUUCUUCGGUAUUUCUUUCUAAAACUUUUUAUGAGAUUUUUUUCUGAAAGAGUUUUCCAGGAAUCCUUUCAGAAGUAGGUACCUCCGUAAAUUUUUCUUGCGUCAAUUCAACCAGGGGUUCAAUUAUCAAUCAAGUCAAUUCAGGGUUAAUGAGAUUUCUUUACAGAUUGUCCCAGAAUUCAUACAGGAGCAUGUCCUAGGGAUCCUUCAGAAAAUAGUUCAGCGUCCAUUUGACUUCAGGCAGACUUUGAAUACACUUUAGAUUUCUUAGGAAAACUUAAACUUCGUUUAAAGCACCAUUCAGAGCAAUUUGUAGGAGUUCAAAAUAUCUUGGUCAAAGAUACCUUCGAGAAUACUUCCAGGGAUUUCCAUAGAAGCCUUCGAACAAAUACGUAUGUACCGUCAGAGCGCCAUUCACCGUGGGGGCAUACAAUGUUGUGUUGGUGAAAUUGAAGGGAAAUUGUCAUAUCAUUCAAUUGUGAUUCAAUCAUAAUAUGGAAAUAAUGAAAAAAUAUUCGAAGGCACACGGUGAAUGGAGCCCCCACGGUGAAUGACGUCUUGACGGUAUAUGAUUUCCUUGAAUAAUAGAGGAACUUAUGCUGCAUUGUUCUAAUCAUCAUGGGGUGUUUUCUGAACAUAUGUAACUCAACGUUGGCCUAGAAACUUUCCCUACUACCAUAUUGAAUUGUGCGGCAAAGUUUCUGGACAAUUUACCGAAAAUUCCGGAGGAGCUCUUGAAAAAAAAGGAGGAGUUUCAAGAUAACUCCCGAUAGAUAACUCCGGAUGAAUUCUUCCAGGUGAAAUCUUCUGAUAACUUUCAGAAGAAUUUUAAGAGGAUCUUGUGCAAAAGUUCCAAAAAAAUUGAUUCGUACUGGUGCGUGGACUGGACAGCCUCAAUCAAUAAAUCAGGCUCCCAAACAGCACCAUUGCACCAUUAGGUUCUAAGCAGAUACCCUUUAACCACGUUCAACCUCUAAUCUGUCCCCCGUGAGAAACACUUAGAAGCCAAUCCUGGCCAGACCGCAAACGGAAGCCAACUAAUUCAUCACAUUUGAUCCACUGCCAUUUCAACUCUUCCAAACCACAGUAUAACUACGACCGACGUGAUGCACUCUUCCAAACGCAGUCAGUUCCUCGGAACAGCUAGAUGCAGAGGCGCAUCCCUAAUGAACCUUCAUCAUAUCCGUCACCACAGAACCAGUAGCAACAUCAUCAUUUUUCGUAAUCGCCUCAAUCAACCCAUUUCGGGAGUUGGGACGUACUGACUACUGGAUGGCAGGUCCAAAUGGGACACAAAUGACGACGAUGGCAGAAUGAGACACACGACAAAGAGUUCACAUUCAGUGUCACUACUGACUGGUUCGGUAGUUAACCAUCGCAUCGUUGUCGUUGCAGAGCACGACCUCACCAACCCUAUAGAACAAGAGCACGCAAUCAUCAUCAUCGUCGUCAUCAUCACCGUACUCGUCCGCUGCCACCGUUUGUCGUCACAAAAUUAGAAGAAUGGUUACCGCCACCAACAACAGCAGGCUGCAGAACACAAUGCUCGGGUGUUUAAUUUGAUACUUUGUGCAAUGGAAUACGCAGGGAUGCGCGGCACUGCUCGGUUUGCUUACUGAGAAGAGAAUAGACGUCCGUACUUUUACCGAAGUUGACGAUAGGCUUACAACGUCCUCUUGCGAGUCGAACUGGUGAUGUUAGCUUGAUUAUUUACUUCACUAGAGAACCUUCUCUAUGCGAGUUGGUGUUGUCGAUUUUGGAAGAUUGCAAGUCAACAUUAAAAAAAAAGGCCCGUUCAUUUUGCUGCACACAAUUUAACAAAUUUUGAAUACGAUAUGGACUAUGGUGACCCUACAACCAUUACCGUAGCUAAAGAAAAACCGGGGAGGGAGGGCAGGCCCCAAAGAAAUUCUUUGAUUGGUAUCCCAAAGAACCUCUAGCAGGAUAAAUGCAAAAUAUUGUUAGGUACUUCUUUGUGGAAUUCAAGUAUCGUGUAGAAAAAAGAUGCUGGUAGAAUUUGCAAUGGAAUUCCUGCAGAAGUUAUUGAAACUCCUAACUAUCCCAAAACAAUCGUACCAAAAUCAUAGCAGAACCACAGACAAACAGACGUAACACUUGCGAAAUUUCCAUCGAUCACGCUUUUAACGAUCAUUUUAAAUUUUCAUAGUUGUGGCUUUCACAACCAGAGGCGCGCGCAUCGUAUUCUCAUGCGUUUGACGUUUCACACUAGCGCCUUCUGUUGACGAUAUUGCACAACACAGUGAUUCGUGCAACUUUUCCACCAGGUGAUGGUAGUGUAAACUGGGCGAUGGAUUUCCAUGAAAAUCGUUCAAGGUGUUACGUCUGUUUGUCUGUGGCUGAACUCUUUCAAAAACUACUAACUCUUUUAAGGACAAACGUUUUGAAAUCCCGCUUCCACAGUGCAUCAGAACUUUAGACGCACAAAUCUCAAGAAGCAAGCUUCAAACAACAGUGCAUUGUAUUAUUCUGUUCUUGCUCACUUGUAAU